AUGUUUUAUAGUAAACUAAACAUAGUUUUGCUAAUAUUGUUGUCAAUAUCACAAAGAUUGCGGACACAAAAAUGCGGUCUUUCGGGUAAUAUAAACCGUAUUGUAGGCGGAACGUCAUCGCCGCCGAUGGCCUGGCCGUGGAUGGCAUUGUUGACGAUUCGACAAACAAAAAACGGUCAAAUAAUUGGCGCGCGAUGUGGCGGCACUCUUAUCAGCGAUCAGUGGGUUUUGACGGCCGCUCACUGUGUGGCCAAUGUUGAGGGCCGGCAGACACAAGAUAUUCAGUUAGUGUUUGGCAAGAAUGACGUUUCCCGCAGAGAGUCUACAGAAGUUGUACGACAUGUCUCUCAAAUUAUGCUAAACGGAUAUAAUCCGAGUACCACUGCUAACGACAUCGCGUUAUUAAAAUUGAACGAAAAACUUGAUCUCAAAGGAGCGCACAGUUAUUUACAACCCAUAUGUUUGCCUACAAAUGGUGUCCAACCGAUUGGCGACUCGUGUGUGGCCACCGGUUGGGGUCUAUUGUGGCCCGAAGGAGUCUUUCCUAACAUUUUACAAGAGGUUAGACUACCUCUUGUGGACAAUCAGUUUUGUCAGUGGCGAUGGCAGUCGUCGUUCAAUAGGGACACUCAAGUAUGUGCCGGCUAUAGACAGGGCGGCAGAGAUACCUGUCAGGGGGAUAGUGGAGGUCCACUCAACUGUCGUCUAUCUAACGGUGUUUGGAUUCUUCAGGGCAUCACUUCAUACGGCAGUGGAUGCGCUCAACCCUUCAGUCCCGCUGUUUAUACCAAAGUUUCGACAUAUAUUCCGUGGAUUCAAAGUGUGACUGGAAUUCAAUUUUAG